UGCGGCAAAGCGAGAGUCUCGGAGACGCCGCUGCCGCCAGCACAGCCGGAGACCUGAGCCGACACUGGGGGCUGUCCGUGGGCCCCGCACUCCCUCGAUGAGUCGGAGAAGUCCCGUUGUAUCAGAGUAAGAUGGACGGUAGCUUUGAUGGUGAUUGUGGUGAGCUGGAGCCACCUGAUCACUAACAAAACACAUCUUCUGUUAACCAACAGCCACCAGGGCUUCCUGUUGAAAUAUACAGCAACAAAGGAAGAAAAGAAGCAAAACGGAAAUAGUGCUUACCAGCACCUUAGAAUGAUGCUGCUCAGGACCAGUCCAACACUGAAUGUAUCUGCACUGUGAGGAGAAUGUUCAUAGAAGCCUGUUGUGUGCAUAUUUAUUCACAUUUCUGGUAAAUGUUAAACCCUUCAGCACAGUAAAUCUGAGUGCAUAGUAUGUCAUUUCAUUCCGUUUGAGUUUCUUGAGUGUUUUCUUUAAAUGUCUGCAGAGUUGCUGCCCCUUUCUUGAACUAUGAGUACUGCAAUCUUUUUAAUUCUCAGUAUGAGUAGAGCUUUUUGAGCUUUAAAUCUAAGGGGAACUCAACGGGCCUGGUUGGCAUAUGCAAUGAAACCAUCUUGCUGUGGAAGCAAAAUUAUUUUUUUUCUACCUUUUUGAAAGAUCUUUCCUUUUGAUGCCAGCUUUCUUCCUUAUUUACACAAGUUCAACAAUUCGAAAGGAAAAGGCAAUAGUAAGGGUUUCAGAAUGGCAGAGAAAUUUGAAAGUCUCAUGAACAUUCAUGGUUUUGAUCUGGGCUCUAGGUAUAUGGACUUAAAACCAUUGGGUUGUGGAGGCAAUGGCUUGGUUUUCUCUGCUGUAGACAAUGACUGUGACAAAAGAGUAGCCACCAAGAAAACUGUCCUUACUGAUCCCCAGAGUGUCAAACAUGCUCUACGGGAAAUCAAAAUUAUUGGAAGACUUGACCAUGAUAACAUUGUGAAGGUGUUUGAAAUUCUUGGUCCUAGUGGAAGCCAGUUAACAGAUGAUGUGGGCUCUCUUACUGAACUGAACAGUGUUUACAUUGUUCAGGAGUACAUGGAGACAGACUUGACUAAUGUCCUGGAGCAGGGCCCGUUACUGGAAGAGCAUGCCAGGCUUUUCAUGUAUCAGCUGCUACGUGGGCUCAAAUAUAUUCACUCAGCAAACGUACUGCACAGAGAUCUCAAACCAGCUAAUCUUUUCAUUAAUACUGAAGACUUGGUGCUGAAGAUAGGCGACUUUGGUCUUGCACGGAUCAUGGAUCCUCAUUAUUCCCAUAAGGGUCAUCUUUCUGAAGGAUUGGUUACUAAAUGGUACAGAUCUCCACGUCUUUUACUUUCUCCUAAUAAUUAUACUAAAGCCAUUGACAUGUGGGCUGCAGGCUGCAUCUUUGCUGAAAUGCUGACUGGUAAAACCCUCUUUGCAGGUGCACAUGAACUUGAACAGAUGCAGCUGAUUUUAGAAUCUAUUCCUGUCGUACAUGAGGAAGAUCGUCAGGAGCUUCUCAACGCAAUUCCAGUUUACAUUAGAAAUGACAUGACUGAGCCACACAGACCUUUAACUCAGCUGCUUCUGGGAAUUAGUCGAGAAGCACUGGAUUUCCUGGAACAAAUUUUGACAUUUAGCCCCAUGGAUCGGUUGACAGCAGAAGAAGCGCUUUCCCAUCCUUACAUGAGCAUUUAGUCUUUUCCAAUGGAUGAGCCAAUUUCAAGUCAUCCUUUUCAUAUUGAAGAUGAAGUUGAUGAUAUUUUGCUUAUGGAUGAAACUCAUAGUCACAUUUAUAACUGGGAAAGGUACCAUGAUUGUCAGUUUUCAGAGCAUGAUUGGCCUAUACAUAACAACUUUGAUAUUGAUGAAGUUCAGCUUGACCCAAGAGCUCUGUCCGACGUCACUGAUGAAGAAGAAGUACAAGUCAAUCCUCGAAAAUAUUUGGAUGGAGAUCGUGAAAAGUAUUUGGAGGAUCCUGCUUUUGACACCAGUUACUCUACUGAGCCUUGUUGGCAAUACUCAGAUCAUCAUGAAAACAAAUAUUGUGAUCUGGAGUGUAGCCAUACUUGUAACUACAAAACGAGGUCAUCAUCAUACUUAGAUAACUUAGUUUGGAGAGAGAGUGAAGUUAAUCAUUACUAUGAACCCAAGCUUAUUAUAGAUCUUUCCAAUUGGAAAGAACAAAGCAAAGAAAAAUCUGAUAAGAAAGGCAAGUCAAAAUGUGAAAGGAAUGGAUUGGUUAAAGCCCAGAUAGCUCUAGAGGAAGCAUCACAGCAACUGGCUGAAAAAGAAAGGGAAAAGAAUCAGGGAUUUGACUUUGAUUCCUUUAUUGCAGGAACUAUUCAACUUAGUUCACAACAUGAGCUUACUGAUGUUGUUGACAAAUUAAAUGACUUGAAUAGCUCAGUGUCCCAACUAGAAUUGAAAAGUUUGAUAUCCAAGUCAGUAAGCCGAGAAAAACAGGAGAAAGGAAUGGCCAAUUUGGCUCAAUUAGAAGCCUUGUACCAGUCUUCUUGGGAUAGCCAGUUUGUGGGAGGUGGGGAGGACUGUUUUCUCAUAAAUCAGUUUUGUUGUGAGGUAAGGAAGGAUGAGCAAAUUGAAAAGGAAAACACUUACACCAGUUACCUGGACAAGUUCUUUAGCAGGAAAGAGGAUGCUGAAAUGCUAGAAACUGAGCCGGUAGAGGAUGGGAAGCUUGGGGAGAGAGGAAAUGAGGAAGGAUUUCUGAACAACAGUGGAGAGUUCCUCUUUAACAAGCAGCUUGAAUCCAUAGGCAUCCCACAGUUUCACAGUCCAGUUGGGUCCCCACUUAAGUCAAUACAGGCCACAUUAACACCUUCUGCUAUGAAAUCUUCCCCUCAGAUUCCUCAUAAAACAUACAGCAGCAUUCUGAAACAUCUGAACUAAAACACUCAGCAGACAUUUCUUUUUGUAUUCUUCAUGAAAUGUGUUUUGUCUUCUUUAUUACUAGUGUUUAAGUCAUUUUUUUACUUGAAUCAGAUGGUGUCAUUUAGAAAGGAUAUUUUCUUGGUUUUUAAAAUCCAGACUUUUUUUCUACAUGUGAGAUGGUUUUCGUUUUAACUGGCAUGUCGUUUGCACACAAAAAUAAAGAAUAGAGCAAAAUAAUGCAAUGCAGGAGGAGACAAAAGAAAUGCACUAAGACAAGUAAAAAACAUUCUCUCAUAGAACAAUGAUCUGUUUUACAGGAAACAAAAAUCUUGCCUUGAAAUUUACACAGUGAGAC